AUGUCAGAAGGUGAAUUAAAAUCAGACAUUGAUGAACAGAUCGAAACUUUUAUUAAAUCCAAUAGUUCUUCACAAUUAACUGUAAGAGGACCAGUCUUAAAGGGUGCUAUUUAUAAUGAUUCAAGUAGACCAAAGACCAAAUGGGAUGAUAUAAUUGCUUUCCAAGCUGAAUGGAAAUCAAAACUAAGAUCGAAUAUUGUGAUAUAUUUUAAUGAAUUACCUAUGAAUGUUUCAUUAGGUACUAAGAAAAUUUUUAAUAGGAAUAAACUUAUAUUUAAGAAAAAAUUUCAAUUAUAUAAUACUACAAUUUCACCUAUAUUUAAUGAAAGAGUCAAUCUAGUUAUCGUGGAUUCAUAUCAGAACGUAAAACCUAUGAUUCUUCCAUACAAGAAGAAUUUGAAAAUAUGGGACUUUAAUAAGACUACCCAGUUCUUCAAUAGAAUGGAUAUUAAAGUUCCGCAGUUAAUUGAUUUAGAGAAAGAUCAACUCGAAACACGGUAUGACGAUAUACAAUAUUAUGAUAACGAUCCAUACGUGUAUCUUUUUGAUAAAUUACAAUUGUAUAAGCCAAUAAUAUGUAAACAUUGGGAUCAAACAAAGUUUAAAGAUGUAUCAUAUCCAAAAUUAUAUAUAAAUUCUUAUGGAAGAUGUCCCUUCCAAAAAGAAGAUAUUGAUGAAAAUCAUAGGAUUAUAAAUAAUGAUACGUAUUUAAACAGAAUUAGAAAAAGAUACUGCCGUGAUGAAUUAAAUAAAAGAUAUGCAUUAAAAUUGAAAAGACUUUAUCGAUUUCAUGCAAGCAUUAGAAAGACUUUAACAGAUCAAACAAGCAAUUACAUCUCGAUCAGUACUAAUCACGAUUGUUUGGAUUCUAAGAAAUUAUUUGAUGUGAUUAACAAAGUCAGAUUGAAAAGGACAAAGACAAAUUUCAAAUUUAUGAGUUUUAAUGAGUAUGAUUCAAGGGAGAAUUUGUAUAAUGGAUUUUCUAGAAAUCCAGAGAACGACCUAAUUAGUUUACCAGAAUAUUAUAACAAAAAUAGCAAUAGUGAUAAUUAUAAUAAUGAUAGCGACAAUUCAUCACAAGAUACAUUAGAGACAGUACUGAGCAGUGAUGCAAAGUUAUCAUCCUUAGAUGUUUUUGAGGCAAGAACAGAUUUGCAAAAGUGUAUAGAUGCUAGUGGAUUUUACUCUAUUAAUGAAUCAUCAAAAUAUUUCUAUUGUGAGAAUUGUAAAACUAAAUUUAGUUCAUUAAAAGCACAUAGGGAUAGUAAUAGCCAUGCAUCAUUUGCUGAUAAUGAUUUAAACUUUUAUAAAAUAGAUGAAUUCAUAAAGCGGUUGCAUGGAUUAAUACAAUAG